GUCUCAACUGCGCCAAAACGAGAGCUCUGACGGAACCUAUUAGAAAAGACGAUAGCUUAACAGAUACUGUCGAUUUUUGGGGACGCGUAAAAUCGAAAAUCGCAACCGUAGUUACUGAUGUUUGGGGUCACGUAAAAUCAGCAAACGCAUGUGAAUCCACGAACGAUAUUUGAAGAAGAAUUAAUUUUUUAUCUUUCCGAAGUUUUUUUUCAUUUUAAAUGAUUCCAAUAAGAUGUCUUCCAAUAUCAACGCUUUCAAUAGAUAUGACGUAAUGGAGAAACUAGGUGAAGUUGAGUUGGGCAGGGUCGAGAAUAACCAAGUGCGCCUUUGACGUAUCUGUCAGAACUAAACCUUUGAAAAUGGGUCUCUUCGGUAAAUCCCAGGAGAAGAACCCAAAGGAGAUGGUUCAGGAAUGGACCCACAAAUUACGAAAGGAAGGUUAUCAGCUAGACAGACAGGUUAGAGCAAUUCAGCGGGAGGAGCAAAAGGUAAAACAAUCUUUAAAAGAGGCAGCUAAGAAGGGAGACAAGGAUGUCUGCAAGAUCCUUGCAAAAGAAAUAAUUCGUGCACGCAAAGCAUGUAAUAAAAUACAUACAUCUAAAGCACACUUAAACUCUGUCUCCUUGCAAAUGAAAAAUCAAUUAGCUACUAUACGAGUUGCUGGUUCUGUUGCAAAAUCUACCGAAGUAAUGCAAGCAAUGCAGUCCCUAGUAAGAAUUCCAGAAGUCGCUGCAACAAUGAGAGAAAUGUCAAAAGAAAUGAUGAAAGCUGGAAUUAUUGAAGAAAUGCUUGAUGAGACUAUGGAUUCAAUCGAGGACUCUGAAGAAAUGGAGGAUGAAGCUGAUGAAGAGGUUGACAAGAUUCUUUGGGAAGUAACGGCAGGACAAUUAGGUACUGCCCCUGCAGUUGUUACCGACACUCCAGGGUCAGUUGCAGCAUCAACUUCGAAAAACGAAGAAGAGGUAGAACCAGUUGAAGAUGAUAAAGAACUUGAAGAAAUGAAAAAUAGGUUACAGAGUCUCCGCAGUUAAAUUGAAAAAUAUUUAGAUAAUUUAUCUGUACCUACCUUAUAUUUGUAAGCAUCUUACACUCCCUAACAGAGUAGGAUAGACAAUGCAAGCAACGUGAAAAUUAAGUGAUCGUCAAUCCAAAUAAUGUUCAUAAGAACAUGAACUAUACAAAAAUAUUGUGUCCUACUUUCAAAUUUCUAUUAACUACAAGUUUGGGACCAUUUUGCGCAGAUGUUUGGGUGAAAUUGUACUUAAAGCUUGUAGUAUAUUGUAGAAAAUACCCCUCAGGGCACAUGUAUAAAUUGUCGUUUGAUUACAAGUUUCAGUGAGAAAAACUGUACAUUGUCGUGUUAGUAUAUCAAUCGAAAUAAUUUUGCGAAAGCUGGCUUCGCGUUCCC